AAAAAUAAAAAAUACAUCAAAUAUCAAACAUUUUCGUGUGCAAAACUUAUCAAAAGCGUUGGGAGCAAAAAUAUAAAAAAAAAAUAUGCCAGCAAUUGGAAUCGAUUUGGGAACAACAUAUUCAUGCGUUGGUGUGUGGCAGCAUGGUAACGUUGAUAUUAUAGCUAACGAUCAAGGAAAUAGAACGACACCGUCAUACGUAGCUUUUACUGAUACUGAACGUCUCGUAGGCGAUGCCGCUAAGAACCAAGUAGCGCUUAAUCCAAGCAAUACUAUUUUUGAUGCAAAGCGUCUUAUCGGUCGUAAAUUUGAUGAUCCAAAAAUUCAACAAGAUAUAAAACAUUGGCCAUUUAAAGUGAUCAAUGACGGAGGAAAGCCUAAGAUUCAGGUUAACUACAAAGGUAAGACCAAAAAAUUUGCACCAGAAGAGAUUAGCAGCAUGGUCCUAGCGAAAAUGAAAGAGAUCGCUGAGGCUUAUAUAGGAACAUCGGUCAAAAAUGCCGUUAUAACGGUCCCUGCUUAUUUCAAUGACUCUCAAAGACAAGCUACGAAAGAUGCAGGAGCUAUCGCUGGUCUUAAUGUUCUUCGUAUUAUAAAUGAACCCACAGCUGCAGCUUUAGCUUAUGGUUUGGAUAAAAAUUUAAAAGGGGAAAGAAACGUUUUGAUAUUUGAUUUAGGUGGUGGUACAUUUGAUGUAUCUAUACUAACCAUCGAUGAAGGAUCCCUCUUCGAAGUUAAGGCUACAGCUGGUGAUACACAUCUUGGCGGAGAAGAUUUUGACAACAGGCUAGUCACUUUUUUGGCGGAUGAAUUUAAGAGGAAACAUAAGAAAGAUCUGCAUUUAAAUCCCAAGUCCUUACGACGUCUGAGAACUGCUGCUGAGCGAGCUAAGCGUACACUUUCAUCGAGCACAGAAGCCAGUAUAGAAAUAGAUGCCUUAUACGAAGGUAUAGAUUUCUUUUCUAAAAUAUCAAGAGCUCGUUUCGAAGAGCUCAAUGCAGACUUAUUUCGCACUACAUUAGAUCCAGUUGAAAAAGCUCUCAAUGACGCAAAAUUGGAUAAAAAUUCUAUACAUGACAUCGUUAUGGUUGGAGGCUCUACACGUAUACCCAAAAUACAAAGCCUUCUACAAAAUUUCUUCAAUGGUAAGAAGCUUAAUAUGUCUAUAAAUCCUGAUGAAGCUGUAGCUUAUGGAGCAGCUGUACAAGCUGCAAUUCUGGGUGGAGAAAAACAUUCCAAAAUAAACGAUGUUUUGCUCGUCGAUAUAACACCUUUAUCAAUGGGAAUCGAAACGGCCGGUGGUGUGAUGACAAAAAUAGUAGAGCGCAAUGCUAAAAUACCUUGCAAACAUUCGCAAAUAUUUACAACCUACUCGGAUAACCAGCCAGCGGUUACUAUUCAAGUUUAUGAAGGUGAAAGAGCUCUUACUAAAGACAAUAAUUUGCUUGGUACUUUUGAUUUAACCGGUAUUCCGCCAGCACCUAGAGGCGUUCCACAGAUUGAUGUAGCGUUUGACAUAGAUGCGAAUGGAAUCCUCAAUGUAACUGCUACAGAAAAUAGUACUGGUAAAAGCAAGAAUAUAGUUAUUAAGAACGAUAAAGGAAGAUUGUCACAAGCGGAGAUUGAUCGCAUGUUAGCUGAUGCUGAUAGAUAUAAAGAAGAUGAUGAUCGUCAACGCGAGAGAGUUGCUGCUCGUCAUAAAUUGGAAGGAUAUUUAUUUGGAGUUAAACAAGCUUUGGAUGAAGCUGGUGGGAAAUUAGGGGAUACCGAAUGUGCAAAAGGUCGUAGAGUUUGUGACGACGCACUUAAAUGGCUCGAUAGCAAUUCUUUAGCUGAGAAAGAUGAAUAUGAAGAUAAGCUCAAAGAAGUGACAACAGCGUGUGCACCUUUGAUGAAGAAACUCCAUGGCGCUGGAGCCAAAAAUCGUAAAUCCAAGGAUAGUGAGGGCCCUGUUAUUGAAGAAGUUGAUUGAUUUUUUUUUAUUGUUUAACUGUUAAUGUAAA